AUGGCAAACCAGAUCACCCCCCAUUCCUCUCUUUGUGUCACAACAUCAGACUUCGAGAAGGUCGCAAAGGAUGUCCUGCCGGAGAAGUCAUGGGUUUAUGCAUCAAGCUCAGCUGCUUCAGGCCUGUCAAUGAGAACCAACCUCGAUGACUGGUCUCUGAUCAAAUUUCGACCCCGGAUCUUGAGAAGCGUUGAUUCAUUGGACACCCGAAGGAACAUCUUGGGACAUACCUCCCAAUUCCCCUUCUUCGUAUCGGCCAUGGGUACAUUGGGUAGCUCACACCCCGGCGCCGAACCCUUGCUGGUGAGAGGAGCAACCCGCAAAGGAAUGCACACCAUGAUAAGCACGGCAUCUACGAAGCCACUCGAAGAGAUCAUGGACGCCCAUCUGGACGAGCAACGGCUACUUGGCAAUCAAAGCCCUUCGAACUUGUCAUUCCAACUCUACGUGCCUGUGGAUCGGACAAGAGCCAAAUCACUCAUUCAAAGAGUCAAGGCAGCCGGAUAUCAAAGUCUGUGGGUCACAGUGGAUACUUCAACACUAGGAAAGCGUACUGCCGAUCGGUACCUCCAAGCACAAGAAAAUCUCGACGCUGGUUUGACCGAAAAUGCAAGAGACAUUCACAAUGAAAAUGACUUUGCGCCAGCGUUUGGUGGUCGACAGGUCCCUGGCUCGGUAGAUGGUGGUCUCACUUGGGAAGAUCUGGACUGGAUUGCAUCAGAGUGGGGUGGCCCACUGGUUCUCAAGGGAAUCCAAAGCGUAGAGGACGUGAAGCUGGCUGUUCAACAUGGUGUACAGGGAAUUCUGUUGAGCAAUCAUGGAGGCAGGCAGAUUCAUUCCGCCCCAAGCUCACUGAUGACGCUCCUAGAGAUUCGCACCUACUACCCGGAAGCCUUUGACAAGCUUCAAGUGUUUGUCGACGGAGGUCUUCGCGACGGAGCAGAUGUCCUCAAAGCACUGUGCCUAGGAGCAACCGCAGUUGGAGUGGGCCGGCCUUACUACUAUGCCCUCGCGGCAUACGGCGCUGAAGGAGUGGAAAGAUGCACAGACAUUCUCGCUGAAGAAGUUGAAAUCACUAUGAAGAUGCUUGGAGUCUCUUCCCUAGACCAACUACGGCCGGAAAUGGUAAACACAAGCCGACUGUCGAAUGAAAUGUGGCGACCGGUAUUUGGAAAGUCCAAGCUGUGA